UCUUUACUCUCUUUCUCGACUCUAUAUAAACUCUCUCGCAUCUUCCAAUUUUCCACACAACUCACAAAACAUGUCUCCUUCGUUUCUCUCCUCCACUGCUUUCUUCUUUAUCGUUAUACUCUAUUUGGGUCUCUGCCAUGUCUCUCAUGGAACUCAACAAGCUACUUACAUCGUUCACAUGGGGAAAUCCCAGAUGCCCUUGAGCUUCGACCACCACUCUCUCUGGUACGAUUCCUCACUCCGGUCCGUCUCAGAAUCAGCUGAAAUGCUUUACACUUACAAAAAUGCCAUUCAUGGAUUCGCCACUCGGCUUACUCCCCAAGAAGCCAACUCGCUCAUGACCCGACCAGGUGUCAUCUCGGUUCAACCAGAGCAGCGUUACGAGUUACACACCACUCGUACUCCACUGUUCCUCGGUCUGGACGUACACAACUCCGGCCUGUUCCCCGAAACCGGCCCAUCUAGCAACGUCGUCGUUGGAGUUCUCGACACUGGUGUUUGGCCAGAGAGCAAAAGCUUUUCCGACGCAGGAUACGGUCCCAUUCCACCUACAUGGAAAGGUGGCUGCGACCCUGGGACUAGAUUUACAGCUUCGCUCUGUAACCGCAAACUAAUAGGAGCUAGAUUUUUCGUCCGAGGCUACGAAGCAAUUAAUGGGCCAGUGGACGAGUCCAAAGAGUCGAAAUCGCCUAGAGAUGACGAAGGUCACGGAACACACACGGCGUCGACAGCGGCCGGAUCCAUCGUGGAAGGAGCUAAUCUUUUGGGCUUCGCUAAUGGAACAGCUCGUGGGAUCGGUUAUGGCGCUCGUGUGGCUGCUUACAAAGUUUGUUGGAGAACUGGUUGCUUCACGUCAGAUAUUUUAGCUGGAAUCGAUAAAGCCAUCGAAGAUAAUGUCAAUGUUCUGUCGAUAUCUCUCAGCGGUAGAAGGACAGGUUAUACAGACGAUGUUGCCAUUGGAGCUUUUGCGGCCAUGGAAAAAGGGAUCUUUGUUUCCUGCUCUGCUGGUAAUAAUGGCCCCUUCCCUUCCAGUGUAGCGAACGUAGCUCCGUGGAUUACUACGGUUGGUGCUGGUACACUGGAUCGUGAUUUUCCUGCGCUCGCGAUUCUCGGCAACGGGAAAAAAUAUACUGGAGUUUCCUUGUUUAGAGGAGAUGCUCUUCCGCCUAAAAUGUUGCCGUUUGUUUACGCUGGGAAUGCUAGUAACAAUGCUACCUAUGGGAAAUAUUGUUUUCCCGGAACACUGAUUCCCGAUAAGGUAAAGGGGAAGAUAGUUAUGUGCGAGAAAGGAAGGAGUGCUAACGUUGAGAAAGGGGAGGUGGUGAAAGCUGCUGGUGGUCUCGGAAUGAUUCUUCCGAAUACAGCCUUUGACGGGGAAGAGCUUUUGGCGGAUGCUUUUAUGUUAUUGGCGACCACUGUGGGAAAGAAAGCCGGUGACAUUAUCCGUCACUACACCUUGACCGAUCCGAAUCCCACAGCUUCAAUUGUGAUCCAAGGAACGGUCGUCAACGUUCAACCUUCUCCUGUGCUCGCAGCUUUCAGCUCCCGAGGACCUAAUCCCAUAACACCAAACAUUCUCAAACCGGACCUGAUUGCUCCUGGUGUCAAUAUCCUCGCCGCUUGGACCGGAGCUGUAGGACCUUCCGGACUCGAUUCCGACACUCGCCGCGUGGAGUUCAACAUCAUCUCGGGAACGUCCAUGUCUUGCCCUCACGUCAGCGGCUUAGCGGCUCUUCUCAAGUCUGUGCAUCCCGAAUGGAGCCCGGCGGCAAUUCGUUCGGCUCUCAUGACCACUGCUUACAAUACCUACAAAGACGGCAAGCCGAUCCUCGACGUCUUGACGUUGAAACCUUCAACGCCGUUUGGGCACGGUGCAGGACACGUGUCACCUGCGACUGCCGUCAGUCCAGGACUCAUCUACGAUCUAACAAGAGUGGAUUAUAUAGGUUUCCUCUGCGCAAUGAAUUACAAUUCGUCGCUGAUCAAAAUCAUAUCGAGAGGCAAUUACGCUUGCGAUGCAAGCAAAACGUACUCCGUCGCUGAUCUAAACUAUCCCUCCUUCGCCGUCAACGUCAACGGAUCUGACACGUACAAGUACACACGCACGGUCACAAACGUUGGAGGAGCUGGGUCAUACUCGGUUAAAGUAACGUCGGAGACAACUGCAGUUAAGAUUUCGGUUGAACCGGCUGUUUUGAAUUUCGAAGAAGUGAACGAGAAGAAAUCGUAUGCGGUGACGUUUACCGUUGACUCGUCUAAGCCGUCGGAGUCUAACAGCUUUGGCAGCAUUGAGUGGUCAGAUGGGAAACACGUGGUGGCCAGUCCAGUGGCAAUUAGCUGGACAUAGUAGUCAAAUUAUGACUAACUUGAGAAAGAAGAAAGGAUUUGACCAAAAAAAAAGAGAAAGAAGAAAGGCGAGCAGAUAUAUUGUAAUGCCGUUUUCAUAAGGACUCUGUUUAGCAAAACGACAUGCAGUCAAAUUAUCAUAUGAGACUUGAAUAUGAAAGUAAAAAAAAAGUUAAGACUG